CGUGAGUCACAGCAUCAACAGUUUCCUCCAAGCACAGAACCACCAGGCGGGACGAUUACGAUGGACUGAAAACCAUCGAAAGGGGGCGAGACAUCGAAUGGAAAUGUUCAGAUCUACAUGUAUACCAUGGACACUGAUAUGAUUCCAAAAUUCUCCUCGAAAGACGAGGAGAUUAACUUCUGGAAGGCUCUUUCCCUCAAGUACAAGAAAAAUUGCCAGGAGGCCCAGGAGGAGCUGCUGGAGUUUCAGGAGGGCAGCAGAGAGCUGGAGGCAGAGCUGGAAACCCAGCUGGGGCAGGCUGAGCACUGCAUGAGAGACCUGCACUCUGAGAACAGCAGGCUCAAGAACGAGGUGGACUCACUCAAGGAGAAACUGGAGCAGCAGUAUGCCCAAAGCUACAAGCAGAUCAACAUGUUGGAGGGUGACCUGGGUCAGACCCGGGGCAUCAAGGAGCAGCUCCACAAAUACGUCCGGGAGCUGGAGCAGUCCAACGAUGACCUGGAAAGAGCCAAGAGGGCUACGAUUGUGUCCCUGGAGGAUUUUGAGCAGCGUCUGAACCAGGCCAUCGAGAGGAAUGCCUUUCUGGAGAGCGAGCUUGAUGAGAAAGAGUCCCUCCUGGUCUCAGUGCAGAGAUUAAAAGAUGAGGCCAGAGACCUACGACAGGAGCUCGCCGUCCGAGAGCGAAAUACGGACUUGACCAGGAUGUCGGCACCCUCCUCGCCCACCCAGGAGGACAACGACAAGAUGGAUUCCUCUGUCCAGGCCUCACUGUCUCUCCCCGCCACGCCGCUCACCAAUAGUCUGGACAACGCCUUCGCCAACCCAACAGAGUUGUCAAACGGCCUUGGUAACUCACUAACUCCCUCUGCCAGAAUAUCAGCACUCAACAUCGUAGGUGACCUGCUUCGGAAAGUAGGGGCUCUGGAGUCUAAGCUGGCAGCCUGUAGGAACUUUGCCAAGGACCAGAAAGCCAGAAAGUCUUACGCCAUCACGGAAAACGGGAACGUGAUCAACGGCAACACAGCCAAGUUCUCCCAUACCCUCCACAUGACGUCGUCGUACUACGACAAAACCAGGAGAGAGAGGGUCAUAUUCCCUGCAUUACUUCUGGGUAAUGGUCUUCCUCCUCCGAUGCUGAUGAUGUGUGGGGAAGUUAGUCAGUCACCUGCAUGCUGUUUGAUUAACAAGCCUCCCUCCUGUUCCCAUCUAGUGCUGAGCAGGGCGGUGAACGGCCUGGACCCUGGCACCCUGACAGCCAUCACAGCACCCCCCGCUCCCUCCCCCCCUGGCCUCCUGCCUCUCAUCAUGUGACAGUGACAGACACCACACCCCCAAUUUAAUCUGCCCGCGUGUGUGCGCGCGCACACACACACACACACACAUCCUGCCAAUGGACAAGGCUAUAUCCUUAAACAGAAAGCAUUGUGAUGACUUCAAACAAGAGAACGCACAUGAAAAUGGCUAGCACUAUUAAACACUUUUCACAUACUGUAAUACUGGCCACUCUUUGCAGCCACUGCAUAUUCACAGGCUGUCUGUGUAAUUCUGGCCCUUUAGUGCUUGUGCUUUGGUCCUACUGUACAUGUGGCUCACAUUUUAUAUGUACUCGCUAAUUGUUUACUGCUUGUACAUAUAGCCCACUCUACACAGACACCCAAAGAGAAGGUGCAUCCAAAGAGACGGUAUCUAUGUAGGAUCCUAUCCUCUGCAGUAAUUUUUCAAAUCUUUAGUUUAGACAGAAAAAACACACGUUAUGCAAUUGAAAGUGUGACACAGUGAGGGUUUCCGAUAUACAUGUUACCGUAAUUUUAUUUAACUGUUACAAUUUAUCAGAGAUGGUGUAGCAAGUGAAAGAAUAUAGAUUAGCCAGAGUACAGAAGAAGUAAGAUGUCUGGAUUACUGUAACACAUUCAUCUAGCAGCAUUGCCUCAGACAAUGCAGAGGCCCUCUCUGUAACUCUCCACACCUUAUUUGACAUUUCUUAUAAAUGGAAACUAGGGUUAAUGGAUUGGCAGCUGGCACACGUUUGUAGAUGUGUUUUAAUAGCCUGGAACGGUCCUUCACCACGUGGACCUGCUCCUAACAAGCUGACUUAUUGUCCGUCACUAAAGGUGGUUUAAAUCUCGUGUCGACCUCGUAUGCCUUUCUGACCUUGAGUCUAACUUCAGUAGCCAUCUGAAGAAUUUAAUGUUACAGUUUUGUUUUUAUUUAUGUAAUGUGUUCAAGUUAAAAUGCAUUGGUUUAGACCUGUUCAAAAGGGAUGGUGAAGGAAAAUCCUCAUUGUGUCGUCGUGUUGAGUGUUCUGGGCUACUUAGUCUCAGCUCAGUUUAACCGUAUGACAACGUGCACGGUAUUGGUCAUAUUGAUCAUUAUUUAUAGAUGUCCACUUGAGUGGUGCUGUCAUGGUGUUUUAGACCACUUUUGCCAGUAUUCCAUUUUUGGAUUUUAACUCCAAGUCUUUUAUUUUUGGUGUUGAAUUUUCACUGGUAUCUUAUUGUAUUUAAAAUAUCACACAACCCUGUGUUAGCAACCUAUAUUGUAAGUUAAGAGCACUUUAUCCAGUGCAAAUAUUUUCCUUGUAUUUUCACAUUAUUCUAUCAGUUUUAUUCAAGUGCAAUAUUGCCUGUUUGUAUGUUUUGUUUUAAUAUACAUAGUUUUGUUAAUUUAUUUCAUUCAUUUUAUGGCAUGAUGUGUUCAAAUAUAUAGGAUGUGAUUAUACAUCAAUUAGUCAUAUAUCAUGAUGUAGGAUCCGUUGUCUUAAAAUGUUGAGAAAAUAAAUAAAUAUAAAGCCA